AUGUCUUCCAUCCAAUCCUCAUCGCAGCCUCGUCGCAACCUUGCCCGCCCCAAGCAACGUGAACAACCCCAAAGCAGCAACUGCGUCCGACAGAAACAGGCCUCUUACCGCCCUUCAUCAGUUCGCGGGCAGAAACCGCGCAUCUCAACUCGAGCUUCCGUCUCCCAACAGCAAACUACCAGUUCACCUCUAAAUUUGCAAACUCGGGUUGCCUUAUCACCUUGCCUCUCAUCGCCCUCCAAAAUCAAUUGUUCAAUUUCUAGAUUGGACUCCGGCGGAUGUGCAAAGAUGCUUCAAAAAAUCCAAUCCCGUCCGGUUGCAAGUGAGCAAGAGGAACAGCUCGAGGAGAUCACGAGCAUCAAGGCCGAGAAGAAAGAGUACAGCUUAUCCCCCUCGUGGUGUUCACCCAACAUUCACAACGCGGCCUCCAAAUACAAAGUCUCAAGAAGCAGCAACAACCAGCACGCGGAACGUGAUUUUCUGUCGGUAUUCCUCAACAAUAAUGACGGCUACUUGGACGAUAGCGAUGAUGAGGAAGACGAUGAAGAUGACGAACGUGCAGUCAAACCAGUCCGAGCAACCGUCGCGUUCCUCAGAAGGAUCCCUUCGGUCUUCGACUCACGCGCUUCAAGCUCACUCUCAGCAGGCUCUUCUUCCCCCAACAAUCUCCCAUCUUCCGCCAGCUCCAUCCGAACCAGCUCAGAUUCCACCCCCAGCUUUGCCCCCAUCUCGCGUCAUCAGUACUACUGGGAACGAGUCCAACCCACUCAGCCCGUAACACCACCUCCGACGCGAUCUCGGUUUCUCUUUUUCAGGAAUUAA